AUGGCAUCUCCCGAACUCACCCUAGAGUUAUCGGAGCUCUUCUCUAAGAUCGAGAACAACUUCAAGACGACCAACCUUGGAGAGCACCGCUGGUACCUCCUCGUCAUCGCCUGCCUCUCUGCCAGUCCGGAUCCGGAAGCAUCCGCAGCUCUGUACCUCUACCUCACACGCCAAGAAGCCUACCAGACUAGCGAGUCCAGACAGGCCCUUGUGAGGCGACUUCGCGAGGCCCUGGUCAAGACCAUCUGCCUCGUAGGCGUGUGCAAGCCUAUUGAGGCCAUCCUCGCAAUCGCAAAGAUCGAGAAGCCCGAGGACCGAGAUUACAGCAGAACCCGACAAGACUGGCAGGCUGAUGACGCCAACCACGAGCGGGCCGUGAAUUGGUUCAAGCAGUUGUACACGCGUAACGCCACCGACACGCUCGGUCUGUUUGACGCACACAAGGAUUUCUCGUGGAUCUCGACAGAGAUUACGUACGGGUUGUAUCUCUCGGAUCGUCAGGUUCUCGACGACACGGAUACGCAGAUGGUUGUUUUGCCUGCCAUCAUGAGUCAGAAUCUCCGCCUUGAGACCCAUUGGCAUAUCCGGGGAACGCGACGGAUUGGUGUGAGCAAGGAGGAUACUCAGGUUAUUUGCGAUAGUGUGAGGGCUGUGUCGGAGUUUUUUGGGAUCAAGUUGAACAGGGUGCCUACGGUGGACGAGGUUGAGCCAGAUGUCUAG